AUUUCUCUCUCGGCAUGGCGGAGAUGAUGGAGCUUGGUCUGCUGUCUAAUACCAUUUGUUUUUCACUGUGAGGAGGACACUGGCAUUUUUGUUGUCGGUAAACCGUUCUGCGCAGUUCUCCCCCCCGGUUUUGGCCCAUAAUGGCGGAGCGCGGUGUGGAUAUGUCUGCUCUCCCCCAAGAGGUCCGGGAGCAGCUCGCUGAGCUGGACCUGGAGCUGUCGGAGGGUGACAUCACACAAAAAGGAUAUGAGAAGAAGAGGGCCAAGGUUUUAGCACCCUACUUGACACAAACACAAAAUUUAGCUCCGCCUCCUGCCUAUGAUGCACAGUCUCCUGGUCCAAGCUCCGCCUCUGCACCUGAACCUGGCCCUUCGAACUCGUCCUCCUCCUCUUCUCGCCACCGGCGCACGCGGCGUCCACACCGGAGCGGUGGGACGAGAGAUGAACGCUACAGAUCAGAUAUCCACACUGAGGCAGUUCAGGCAGCGUUGGCCAAGCAUAAAGAGGAAAAGAUGGCACUGCCCAUGCCAACCAAGCGUCGGUCUGCAUAUGUACAGUCACCAAUUGACAACUGCACCCCACCAGAUUCCUCCUCUUCCUCUGAUGAUGAGGCCGUGUCGAGUGAAAGUGCAGGGCCUCAGCAGUCUCCAGACACCUGGAUUAAUAGCUCUCUGCACGGCUCCUCCACCUCCUCCUCCGCCUCCUCCACUCUCUCCCAUGGGGAGUCUCGGCCCACCCAGGCUCCUCAGCCUCAGUCUCAGCAGGUCCCACCUCCACCCGCACCUGCCCACCCGCCCCACUCCCACUCCCAGCCCUCCGCCCUGGCAGAGGCCUUCGCUCAGGCACGCAUCGAUCCGGUAGGAGGAGUCGGGCCCCCUGAUGUGCCAUCCCAAUCUCAGGCCAGAGGCUCUCGUGUGGAUCUGCCUGCCAACGCCGUGGUGCGAGGCAUGAGUCGAGGCCAGAGCCGGUCCAGCAUGAUGGAGACAGCAGACGGUGUUCCAGUGUCCAGUCGUGUAUCCACAAAGAUUCAGCAGCUGCUAAACACGCUAAAACGACCCAAACGCCCACCACUCAGUGAGUUCUUCAUGGAUGACCAAGAGGAGAUUGUAGAAGUUCCUCAGGUAGAUCCUAACGCCCCGAAGCCAGAAGGCCGGCAGAUAAUCCCGGUGAAGGGGGAGCCGUUGGGAGUGGUCAGUAACUGGCCUCCUGCUCUUCAGGCAGCAUUAGCUCGAUGGGGUGCCACACAAGGCAAGAGCCCCGCCCUCACAGCUCUGGAUAUCACAGGAAAACCACUUUAUACGCUUACGUAUGGGAAACUGUGGAGUCGUAGUGUAAAGCUGGCCUACACUCUCCUCAACAAGCUGGGAACCAGAAAUGAGCAGAUCCUCAAACCAGGAGACCGGGUAGCGUUGGUGUAUCCAAACAGUGACCCUGGUAUGUUCUGGGUUGCGUUUUAUGGCUGUUUGUUGGCUGAAGUCAUUCCUGUGCCCAUCGAAGUUCCACUAUCCCGAAAGGAUGCUGGGAGCAGCCAGGUUGGUUUUUUGUUAGGUAGCUGUGGGGUGGGUCUGGCUUUGACCAGUGAGAUCUGUUUGAAGGGUUUACCCAAGACCCCCACUGGAGAAAUAUUGCAGUUUAAAGGCUGGCCCAGGUUAAAGUGGGUAGUGACGGACUCCAAAUACCUCACAAAGCCUUCAAAAGACUGGCAGCCUCACAUACCAACAGCCAACACAGACACGGCAUACAUAGAGUAUAAGGCCAGUAAGGAGGGCACAGUGAUGGGUGUUGCGGUUUCAAAAGUUGCCACGUUAACACAUUGCCAGGCUCUCACUCAGGCCUGUAACUACUGUGAGGGUGAAACGCUGGUGAAUGUUUUGGACUUUAAGAAGGACAUGGGUUUGUGGCAUGGAGUUCUCACGAGUGUGAUGAACCGAAUCCACACCAUCAGUGUUCCAUAUGCAGUAAUGAAAGCUUGUCCACUUUCCUGGGUUCAGCGAGUUCACAUACACAAAGCACGGGUUGCCCUGGUGAAGUGUCGUGACCUGCAUUGGGCAAUGAUGGCUCACAGAGAUCAGAGAGACACCAGUCUGGCCUCGUUGCGCAUGCUAAUUGUUGCUGACGGAGCCAAUCCUUGGUCGGUUUCAUCAUGUGAUGCCUUUUUAAACGUAUUCCAGGCUCAUGGUUUGAAGCCAGAGGUCAUUUGCCCGUGUGCUACGUCACCUGAGGCCAUGACGGUUGCCAUACGGAGGCCUGGGGUCCCUGGUGCUCCUCUUCCAGCGAGAGCCAUCCUGUCCAUGACUGGGCUGAGCCAUGGGGUCAUUAGGGUCAACACUGAAGACAAAAACUCUGCUCUCACCGUCCAGGAUGUGGGACACGUCAUGCCUGGAGCAUUGAUGUGCAUUGUGAAGCCGGAUGGGCCGCCCAUGCUGUGUAAAACGGAUGAGAUUGGAGAGAUCGUCGUGAACUCUCGAGCUGGUGGGAACAUGUACUACGGCCUGCAUGGAGUCACUAAAAACACCUUUGAGGUGAUCCCAGUCAAUGCUAGUGGCACUCCUAUUGGUGAAAUCCCAUUUGUGCGGUCAGGAUUACUGGGGUUUGUUGGACCGGGUAGUUUGAUAUUUGUGGUGGGUAAGAAUGAGGGCUUGCUAAUGGUUAGUGGCCGUCGUCACAAUGCUGAUGAUCUAGUAGCGACGGCACUAGCGGUGGAACCAGUCAAAACUGUGUACAGAGGAAGGAUUGCGGUGUUCUCAGUGACUGUGUUCUAUGAUGAGAGGAUAGUGAUCGUAGCAGAGCAGAGGCCUGAUGCCAGUGAAGAAGACAGCUUCCAGUGGAUGAGUCGGGUUCUACAGGCAAUUGACAGUAUUCAUCAGGUGGGAUUGUAUUGUCUUGCACUGGUUCCUGCCAACACCCUGCCCAAAACUCCCCUAGGAGGCAUUCACAUCUCAGACACCAAGCAACUCUUCCUGGAGGGAGCUCUGCACCCCUGCAACAUCCUCAUGUGCCCCCACACCUGCGUCACCAACAUGCCCAAACCACGUCAAAAACAACCAGUCGGUGUUGGCCCUGCCUCCAUCAUGGUGGGUAAUUUGGUUGCUGGGAAAAGAAUUGCACAGGCUGCAGGCAGAGAUCUGGGACUCAUAGAGGACCAAGACCUGGUCAGGAAGCAUCAAUUCCUUACAGAGGCUUUACAGUGGAGAGCUCAAACCGAUCCUGACCAUACGCUUUAUGUACUUUUGAAUGCAAAGGGAGUGGCAGUAUGUACGGCUACAUGUGUUCAGCUUCAUAAAAGAGCAGAGAAGAUUGCAGCUGCUCUCAUGGAGAGAAGUGGUAUUAACAUCGGAGAGAAUGUGGUGCUUUUGUAUCCACCAGGUAUAGAUUUGAUCGCAGCAUUUUAUGGCUGUUUGUAUGCUGGUUGUAUUCCUGUCACCGUGAGGCCUCCACACCCACAGAACCUCUCUGCCACUCUGCCCACUGUCCGCAUGAUCAUUGAUGUCAGCAAGGCUGCUUGCAUUCUCACUACUCAGGUUUUAACGAAGAUUCUUAGAUCUAAAGAAGCAGCAACUACAGUAAACAUAAAAACAUGGCCCAUCAUAAUAGACACAGAUGACUUGCCUCGCAAACGACCUCCCACAAUCUACAAACCGCCCAAUGCUGAGAUGAUCGCCUAUCUGGAUUUCAGUGUCUCAACCACAGGCAUGCUGACAGGAGUGAAGAUCUCUCAUGCGGCGGUGAGCGCUCUCUGUCGCUCUAUAAAGCUGCAGUGUGAGCUGUACUCCUCUCGCCAGAUCACCAUCUGCCUCGACCCCUACUGUGGACUUGGAUUUGUGCUCUGGUGCCUUGCGAGUGUAUAUUCAGGUCAUCAGUCCAUCUUGAUCCCUCCUAUGGAGCUGGAGAGCUCGCUGACCCUGUGGCUAGGCACGCUCAGUCAGUACCGCAUCAGAGACACCUUCUGCUCCUAUUCAGUCAUGGAGCUCUGCACCAAGGGCCUAGGUGGACAGACAGACAUGCUGAAGGCACGUGGUGUGAACCUGUCAUGUGUGAGGAGCUGUGUGGUGGUUGCUGAGGAGCGUCCACGCUUGGUUCUCACACAUUCCUUCUCCAAGCUGUUCAAAGAUCUUGGACUCUCCAUGCGGGCUGUCAGCACUGCUUUUGGGUCGAGAGUUAACCUGGCCAUCUGCCUACAGGGUACCACAGGGCCAGACCCCUCAACUGUUUAUGUGGACAUGAAGUCCCUCCGGCAUGACCGGGUGAGGUUAGUAGAGCGAGGAGCGCCACAGUCACUUCCUCUUGUGGAGUCUGGAACAAUUCUUCCUGGUGUGAGGGUGAUCAUAGUCAAUCCAGAAACUAGAGGACCGCUAGGGGACUCUCACCUGGGAGAGAUUUGGGUAAACAGUCCCCACAAUGCAACAGGAUACUACACUAUAUACGGAGAGGAAAAUCUGCAGGCUGACCACUUCAACACUAAGCUGAGUUUUGGAGAUCCUCAAACACUCUGGGCCAGAACUGGAUACCUGGGCUUUGUCAAGAGAACUGAACUCACAGACUCCAGUGGAGAUCGUCAUGACGCCCUGUUUGUGGUGGGCUCUCUGGAUGAGACUUUAGAAUUGAGAGGUUUGCGAUAUCAUCCAAUUGACAUCGAGACCAGCGUAUCACGUGCCCAUCGCAGCAUUGGUGAAAGUGCCGUGUUCACCUGGACAAAUCUGCUGGUGGUGGUGGCUGAACUCUGCGGAUCCGAGCAGGACGCUUUAGACCUGGUUCCUCUGGUAACCAAUGUUGUUUUAGAGGAGCACCAUCUGAUUGUGGGUGUAGUGGUUAUCGUUGACCCAGGGGUCAUUCCCAUAAACUCCAGAGGAGAAAAGCAGCGAAUGCACUUGAGAGACUCCUUCCUGGCAGAUCAGCUGGACCCCAUAUACGUAGCGUACAACAUGUGAGUUGAGUCAUGGGCGAUACAAAGGCUUACCAGAAAGGUGCUAUGGAGCCUGGCCUCACAACUGGGAUUGGGUCCUUAUACAGACAGACUUGGCCCUGUUUUUUCAGGGAUAAGGUGUUAUUGAACAAAAAUUACAAAUGUGUGAGAUGACUGUUUUGGAGAAGGGAUAUUAUAAUAGAAUUUCCCUUUUGCUCACUUCCUUCUCCCCCCCACCCCCCCUAGGAAAAUGCCACUUACUGUCUGUCCAGUUCUUGGUCAUGAUUUAAAUUUACUUGAAUUACAUAGCUGUUUUUUUCUACUCAAAUGCACUCCUAUUCUAGUACUGUAGUAAUUCUAGUAAUUUUCUUUUAAUUAAAAUGAGCUUAAAGCCUCAGUUUGUAAGUUUUCACCUGGGUUGUUCGAUUCCAGAAUUGUUGAUUCUGAUUCCAAGUAUUUGGAAUCAAUGGAAUCGAUUCCAGGAGUCAAUUCUCAGAAUAAGUAUAAAAGAGAGACAAAGUGAAUUCUCAAAAAGUGCAAUAUAAACUGUAAUUUAUACGAUUAUGAUCACUAGAAUGAAUGAUAGGAGGUCUUGAUGGAUGAGCUACAAAAGACAUGAGUCGAGGAAUUAUGUAGAUUUAGCAAUAUAAAUUCUGUAUCUUAAAUUAGUGUUGUUACAACUCUUUUGGGAUGUGUAUUAGUGUGCUAAUCAAGUUAAUGAACAGACUAGGACAUCAUGCCUCUGAAUCCCAACAGCAAAGAAUGGAAGAUUAGUUUCUUUUAGGAUAUAGCAUUAAAUGAUUCUGAAUAUAUACACAGAAUUGAUCUGCAACCCAGCUUAUUAAUGGUGCUGUGUGUUACAGGGCUUUAAAAUGAAACAUUUUAGGACAGCAUUGGGGUAAUAGGGGUAUUGAUACUCCCCUGGUCAUUUGUCAUUCAUCAAAGCAGCUUACAGUAUACUUAUGACGCAGGGACAGUCCCUCCAGAGCAACCUGGGGUUAAGUGCCUUUCUCAAGGGCAGUAUUGAUUAUAGGACAUUUCUGUAACGCUCUGGUUCAUAGAAUGCCCUUACCCAGGUUAAAACCCACAGUUUCAUCAACCAUCUUUUUGGUUAACACACAAAUGUGCUACAGAGACUGCAGCCUUCAGCUCAUUUUGCUCUGUUUGCUGUCUGUUCUGGAACCAUUUAGCAGUUUAAAUCUUACCACUGGGGCUUUAACGAAAUUUCAGAUAUGGAGCUAUUCUGGUUACAAACGUACAUAUUUUAAUUUGUUUUAGUUCUACAGUACACAAUCUAUAGCUGUACUAGAAAAAUUGCAAUGUAAUACCCAAAAGUAUAUAACUUUCUUUUUUUUUUAAAUUCUUUUAGUUUUGCAAAAAAUUGCAAUG